AUCUACAAAUCUGUAGAAAAAAAAAUGAAUUUGGAAACUAACAAUAAUAUUUGAGUUUAGAAUCUCACCAUUUUUGGCUGUGUAUUGCCAUGAUGCAGGAUCUUAACUUGGACUCGUCAUGCAAUUUUGUAAAGCCGUCUCCAACCAUGGAGAUAUUAAAAAGCUUUCAUCGUCAAUGUAAAAGGGAGUGUGAAUAUUGUAACGACGGACAAGCAGUUAAUUGUGCAAAAGGAGUUUUUACUUUCAAUGGUAUCGAUCAUGAUGGCUCUGUUACUAAAGGAGGCUACUCCAGCCACAUUGUUGUUCAUGAGAGGUACUGCUACAAGAUACCUGUGGACUAUCCCUUGGAAUCAGCUGCACCAUUACUCUGUGCUGGAAUCACGGUUUUUGCGCCUAUGAUGCAUCACAAUAUGAAUCAACCUGGUAAAUCUCUUGGGGUGAUUGGGCUAGGUGGUCUUGGGCACAUGGCAGUUAAAUUUGGCAAGGCUUUUGGACUUAGUGUUACGGUUUUUAGCACCAGCAUUUCCAAGAAAGAGGAAGCUUUGAAUCUGCUGGGAGCUGAGAAUUUUGUUAUCUCGUCUGACCAUGCUCAGAUGAAGGCACUAGCGAAAUCUCUAGACUUUAUCAUUGAUACAGCAUCUGGUGAUCACGCGUUUGAUCCUUACAUGUCUCUCUUGAAGAUUGCUGGAACUUAUGUCCUGGUUGGUUUCCCAAGUGAAAUUAAAAUCAGUCCUGCCAAUCUCAAUCUCAAUCUACGUUAAUAUCUCGAGGACGCUAGAAACUUUCCGCCAAAUUCCAUAACUGUAGACUUUAGAAUCGAUUUGUAUCUCACGAGCCUUAUAAAAAUCUACCAAAAAAAGAUGAAUUUUCUUGUAAAACUUUUAGAGUAAUGGAAUUAAAAUUCUUUAAA